AUGUUUUCAUCAUCAAGCCAUCCAACCUUAGGAGAUCUUUAUUUAAUAUUUACCACAAUUAAUAGAUCUCUUGAAGAAAUUAUAAAUAAUACGAUUGAAGAAACUACACCAAAACUCAUCACUAUAGCUAUGUCAAUCAAACUUGACGAGUAUUGGCAAAAAUUAGAUCAAUCAUCCUUUAUGAUUGCUCUACUUGAUCCAAACAUUAAGCUUUCCUUAUAUGACUUAGGAAAACAACAUAAAGCUCAACAAUAUAUAGAAAAUCUUUAUUCAAAAUAUAUUAUCUCUAAUGCUAGUUCAUUAUUUCAAACAGAUACCUUAAAAUUAACUUCAUGUGAUUAUUUUAAAAAAGCAUUUAGAGGUCCAUUUAAUUCUCCUGGUAUAACAAGUGAAUUACGAAAUUAUUAG